AUGAUGCCCAACACAAACACCCCCUACAAUCCUGCAGCUCACAGCACACCUACCACACUACUCCCAGAAGAGGUUUUCGGCUACAUUGAUGUUGUAACAUUGGCAGAUAUCCACCGGUACCUCCGGGAGAGUGAGGCACAGGAUGACAUCGACCUUGCGGCAUGGAUCCAGGAGAACUAUCUUUACGGUGUUGAAAAAGACCAACCUACAGCGACGAUUCGUACAGCCCAAGGCUUUGCUCAGUUGGAUCGAGCAUACCGCCGAGUGCGAUCACUCACUAACAAGGCUCAAGACAAGUGGCCGUUCUUUGACAGAAAUUUCAAGGAAAUGUCCUCAGCCACAGUGCGGAACAACGCACGCGGUGAGGCUGCCCCGGGAGUAUUAUAUCCGAUUGAAAAAGCGCAGAAGGCCUCGACUGCAGUUGAGCAGCUGGGUGCUUCAUCCAUAUCCAAUACUUCUUCAGCCCCGGGGCUCCAGGUGCCGUUUGCUUCGGUAAAGCCAAGCCGCCACCAGCUUUGUAAACAGGAGGAAACUCGUCCAGCGCAACAGAACCCAACUCUUCUCCCGUCCAAUCUACCAGCAACUCCUGCUCAGCAGCAGGCACGUGAGAAGGUCUUAGUUCAUUCCAAGAAUUUGGCACAAGAGACUUCCAUGUGUACGGACACUACUACAGACGCCAACAGCCGAGAAAUGAUUGAAGCUGAACUGCCGCAGCCUGCGCCAACUUCAAUCGGACGGACGCGCGACGCAGCUGAAGAUGUCAAGAUAGAGAACCCGUCUACCAGUCCAUCGAGUGGUUCCAAACUUAACGAUGAUGACUCCAAAGCGAACCCCGUUCGAGAUGCUGGAGGUGGCAAGGUCCGUGGACCGAAUGGGCGAUAUCUGUCCAAGGAUGACGAUUUGUCCAGCCUGAAGAAGAUUAAGAAACCCAGAGGAAAGGGUGGUAGACCAAGAUUGAAGUCAUCUGACGAAAAUCAUUUGAUGACGGUGGAUGGAUUUUCAGAUAAGCCCGAGGAGCUGUCAACUGGAGACGAGGAUGUCUCCGUUGAAGUGCAGACACCUUCGACACCACCUCCGGACCAAAAGAUAGAGGAACAGAACAAGAGCAACCCGGCUACUACACUCGCAGUCCUUGAUACCACAUCACCCCUUACUACCAAAAAUGAGACUGAGAACCAAGCGACUUCCUUGACAGAGUCUACUCCUGCAUACCUUGCAGCUGAAGCUGAUCCGGUGCUUUCAAACUUGGAUCGUCUACCGCCUAAUUCCCGUAGGGCCAUUAAGAGGAAGAGCGAGCCGGUUGUUCAGGAAGGGGAGCGCAAACGCGGUAGAUAUGGCGGCAUAGUGGGCCGCCCGCGGAAGUCGGAACAACGUGAAAACCGCCAAAGUGCUCAGGGAAACGAUUUAAUACAAGUUCAUGGAGAACAUGGGCCAGAUUCAUUACCCCAGAUGACGACACGUCGAAGUGCCAGGCAAUCUGCUGCAGCGAACUUGGAUACUUCGAAGGCCGACGAGCUAACGUCCGAGCAUGAACAAAAAGACUCGAAGCUUUUGGAGAAAGAAGUAACAGCAGAAACUUCCCCGAGCAAUGAAAGUAUGACCACAGCGGAAGACAAGACUAUGGGAGGCAUGGAGGAGAAAGACAUGCCUACCAUUCACAAGAACACUCCUGCACCUGCCCGUAAAUCAAAGAAAAAAGGCGCACGCUCGUCAGCUGAGCCUAGUACUCGCAAGCGUUCGGCUAAAACCCCGAAAGCAGAUCUAUCGAAGAUGAGUUUGGAGAAAACCGCUCCCGUCCCCGCAACGGCAUCGUCUACAGAUAUGGAGAAAGACGGAACCACGCCAACUUCGUCUGAUUCAGCCGGUUUUAUUACGGUCAGCGGAACAAAGAAAACUCAUACUGGUCACUUGGAGUUGUUUGCGCGUCUGACUACCGGUCACGGUAUCAUCGAGUUCCCCAUUCCCACCGAUCAGCUUAACAGCGAUGAGGCGAAGAUGGUUGAAAAGUACGCCGAGUGGAACGCGCAACCAGAUGCAGUCCCAGUCCCGUAUGAUCAGUUCCGCCAGAUCUUCUCCUUCGCUAAAACGAAUUGA